AUGGAUCCCCGGCGGGCCAGCGUUGCGCGGCCUGGGGCGGUGCGGGCGGCAGCGGACGAGGAGGUGGAGGAGGAGCUGAUGAUGAUCGAGGAGAGCGCGAUGGAGCGCAUGGAGAAGACGUUGGACAGCGUGAGGGGCAACUUCAACACGGUCAGAACGGGGCGAGCCAGCCCCUCCCUGCUGGACCGCAUCGAGGUGGAGUACUAUGGCACAAACGUGAUUCUAAAGAGCAUCGCGCAGAUCGCUACGCCCGACGCCUCCAUGCUGCUCGUCACGCCCUUCGACAAAUCCAGCAUCCCGUCCAUCGAGAAGGCGAUCAUGAAGUCGGACGUGGGCCUCACGCCCUCUUCUGAUGGCAAUGUCAUCCGCCUCUCCAUCCCCCAACUCACCGCCGAGCGCCGCAAGGAGCUGCUGAAGACGGUGUCAAAGCUGUCUGAGGAUGGCAAGGUGGCGCUGCGCAACGUGCGCCGGGACUCCAUCAAGGCGUACGAGAAGCUGCAGAAGGAGAAGAAGAUCUCAGAGGAUGCUCUCAAGGACCUUUCAAACGACAUCCAGCAGAAGAUGACGGACGACUAUGUGAAGCAGAUCGACACGGCCUUCAAGCAAAAGGAGAAGGUCCGUGCCACACCCACCCGCCCACACAUCUGCAGUGCAGUGCAGGAGGCUCCGUACCUUGAUGGAUUGCACCGAACAACCGCACCUCUGCACCCCUUUCCAUCCAUCUCCGCCGUCCCUCCCCCUCAGGACCUGCUCACGGUGUGA